AUGGCCUCCAUGCCCCAUCAGUCUCCAGAUCAAUCAGGAGCCCAACCGCGUGAGCAGUCAGAUCGCCAGGCUUCCACCUCUGAAGAUCCCCUUCGCAGAAACAGUGUAACACAAUCGACAACCUCAGAAGACUCUCAGACUGUGCUCUUACAUAAACCUUCCUCUGAAGAAUAUUCAAAAGCCCCAUCCACCCCUAAGAGUCCUCAUCAGAGGCCUGCGAAACCGCAGAGGGCGCCUUCCAGUCCCGACCCGAAGAAAUGCUGGAUAUGCCUGCAAACAGAAGCUGAAGAUACAUCUGAAUCUUCAAGAUGGAGGAAGCCGUGUGUGUGCCAUUUGCAAGCGCAUGAGGAGUGUCUCUUGGAUUGGGUCUCAGAAGUCGAAAAAUCAAAAUCGAAAGUGGAAUGCCCGCAAUGCAAGACCCCGAUCAAAGUGAUACGCCCUCGGAGCCUGGUCUUCAAUGCCGUUCGGGCAAUGCUUCGGACCAAGUCGAAGUUGGUCCUACCUAUCUCAGCUCUGUCCCUGUUCGCAGGAGUCACGCUCGCAUGCUAUGCUCACGGGUCUUACACUAUCUACGCCAUAUUCGGCGAUCGCGAUGCGCGAAUAUUGUUACAGGAUCUGAAUAAUAGUGGUCUCGAUUUCUCAGUACCCUUCAUUCCAGUAUCACUGCUAUUAUCGAGAGUCAAUUACGGCGACAAUUAUUUUCCUAUCCUUCCGCUCGUUUACUUUGUUACGUACAAACCUUACAGGAACGCGCCUUUAUGGCCUCCGAGUGCAACGAUGACCCUGUUGGCCUUGCCUUUCGUUCGCACCGCGUACAAUUAUACCUACGCGUAUUUCUUUAGGGAGAGGGAGAAAGUGUGGGUAAAACAGGUGCAGCCUCGACAAGAUGAUGGUGUGGAAGGUGCGGCAGGCAACGAAGACGCCAAUCAAGGGCUGAUGAUGAACGUUGGCGGGGGUGAUGGGGAAGCAAAUUUCGAAGUAGGCAUUCAAGUGGAGGUGGAGGAAGAGGUUGAAGGUGAGGUUGAGCAGGCACCUCAACCUGAGCAGCCUGGCCAAAACGAGCAGCAAGGAGGCGAUCAGCCCGCUGCGCAGCCAGCACAAAACCAAAAUCAAAAUCAGAAUGUUGUCGCAAAUCUUGCCCAGGCAGCUCCAAUCAUCAUGAACGUCGUCUUGGAGCGAGCCAUGAGCGCCCUCCUCUUUCCCUUCGUCUCUUCAGGCGUUGGGAUGAUUCUCAAGCAGGUCCUACCGGAGAAAUGGGUCUUCCCUCCGCCAUAUUGGACUUAUAGGGCAACAGACUGGCCAUCAGGAUUUCUGCAAUCACAAUUUGGACGCAGUGUUGCAGGCGGCUGUCUUUUCGUUGUGCUAAAGGAUUCGUUACUGCUCUAUGCGAAAUACAAACACGCGCAGAUUCAUCGACACCGGAAAAUUGCGAAUUAUGAUCAGAAGAAAACGAAGGCUUCUUAG